AUGGAUCGGGCACGCUACGUGGAGGAGUACGCAGCACACCUCCUCCAAAAUCACCGUGACCGGCAAUGUGACGCUGCCUUCCACGCCCAAUCCGUACAAGGCAGAGCAGCCUCUUUGGCAGGCGAAAGUCUUUCAACCUUGUCGCAGUCCCUCUUGCUGAUACGAUCAGAUGGCCUGGAUCAGGCCAAGCAUCGUGUACCGCGUGUUCUGCAAAAGACUAAAGCUCUCGAAAAUGUCAUUAGACCAGCCCUGCAUAUACAAAUGUGUUGGAUGCAUGGCUAUGACGUGUGCUUCCAUGUUGCCGACCCCGACAUGCGAAAGGACACCGUGGUGCAUGUGGAGACUUUGGCACGGGGGCUGUCAAGAAUCUAUGACAAGCUGCAAAGCUUGCCGAGGCACAUGGUGUUGAUCUUAGAUAACACGUCCUCCAACAACAAGAACCAACUGAUGCUGAAGUUUUGGUUGAAGUUGCAGAUGCUGAAGGUGCUUGAAACUGCCUAUGUAGCGUUUCCCAUUAAAGGGCACGCUGUUGUUCGAACUUCGAAUGCCACGUUCGACACCGCGGCAGAGUUGACAAGUAUUUACGACGACUUCAUGAAAAAAGCUGAAUUUGAAUCAGGCACUUUGUUUCGUGGAGCUGAGAAGCUAGACGAGGCUGCGGACUGGUUGAGCUGGAUGGAAGAGGUCCCAUUGAAACUGGCAUUGAUCACAGGUCCAAAAGCACCUCAUGGGUUCCGUGCGAUGAAUCGAAAGCAUGUGAAGCCAGCAGACUGGGAAGCUGCAAAGUCGGUCGUGGCUACAGGAGAUGACAGCUCACCGCAUCCGGACGAUCUCAUGCUAGUGGUUCACCAGUACAUGUCCGACCCUUUGCCUUUUCAGAUACGCUGGCUUUUCUCAGCGGCAGAGGUAUCUGCGUUGCGAAGGACCCUGCGUCGGCAGCCGUGUGGGCUGCACCCUCGACGUAGCAUCUCGCGGAAAGACCGAGAAGAAAUCGAGCGGCAAGCAGACUUGGCAUAUCAGAGAGCUGCCAUCAACAAGAACGCACUUGAUUUCCUCAGUGGAUGGAUCAAGCAAACGCUGAGGCGUGAACCGCGGCCACCGGAGUACAGCUUUUUGCGCCACGGGUACGACCAACACGAAGCUGAAGAGGCUUUCGUUAGGAAUCCACACAGAGCUGGCCCUCCACGAAUGGUCCGAGUUCUUCAGGUGGGGCAGGCGGCUCCCGCGCAGGAGGAUGACCCUGAUGCUGGAUUGGACAAUGAGCCGUGCGUCAUUCAACCAGAGGCAGCUGCAAGAGGCGGACUCUGA